AUGGAUACUCCACAUUGGGAAGCUGGGGCCAAGCCUCUCAUGGAUACCGCUACUGCUGCCGCUGCUACUGUACAGUACCUACCGCUUUGCCCGCCAUUCUCAGUCCCGACCACCAAACGACUACAUAUACAACAAGCUCUCCCCCGUCAGCUUUCUCUUCUUCCCUUCUCCUCUCCUCUCCUCUCUCCUCUCAUACCAUACAUUCUGCUUCGUGAUACCCCCUUUCAACUGAUCCUCCUGUUCUCUCGCUCUGCUCUGCGCUUCGCUCCUCACACCGACCGCCCUUUCAUCCCGAACCCCAUUGCGAACGUCUUCCUCCUGCACAGAGCUCAGUCAAGAUGUGCUCUAUCCCCCCCCUCUCCGCCUUCGCCCGCCGCCUACUGCGUUUCCACCGACUCUUGCCUCCGAGAGAUGCAACAAGAGACGGAGGGAAUGGUCAUGAUGGCCAUGGGCGAAGCGGAGAGACAGAGAUGGAGCUGGCGUGGCAUUUUUGGAUACAUCAACUACCUGGUGGAAAAGGACCGCAAGUUCAUCCUCGACACUCUGAUCAACGGUCAGUGCUCCCACGUUGCCCCCCUUCCCCUCCUCAGCUGCCCCUCUUCACAACGUCAAACGCCCCCUCGGCCGCCCUUUUAUCAGCCAUGCCCCGUCCCGCCAGUCAAUGGUCUGUCCCGUCUUGAGUAUCGAGGAUAUGACUCGGCCGGUCUAGCCAUCGAUGGCGACAAGAAGAAGGAGGUCCUGGCCUUCAAGGAGGUUGGCAAGGUUGCUAAGCUCAAGAAGCUCGUCGACGAGUCCGACAUCGACCUCGAGAAGAUCUUUGAUUCACACGCUGGUAUUGCCCACACCCGAUGGGCCACCCACGGUCCUCCCUCCACCAUCAACUGCCACCCUCACCGAUCCGACCCCACCUGGGAGUUCACCGUCGUCCACAACGGUAUCAUCACCAACUACAAGGAGCUGAAGACCCUCCUCUCCGCCAAGGGCUUCAAGUUCGAGACUGACACCGAUACCGAGUGCAUUGCCAAGCUCACCAAGUACAUCCACGACCAGCACCCCCAGAUCGGCUUCACCGACCUGGCCAAGGCUGUCAUCCAGGAGCUCGAGGGUGCUUACGGUCUUCUCAUCAAGUCCGUCCACUACCCCCAUGAGGUCAUUGCCGCCCGCAAGGGUUCUCCCCUUGUCAUUGGCGUCAAGACCCAGCGCCGCAUGAAGGUCGACUUUGUCGAUGUCGAGUACUCUGAUGAGAACGCUGCCCUCCCCGCUGAGGCUGCCGCCCAGAACGUCGCUAUCAAGAAGAACGAUCUUCUUGUCCCCGAUGCCGGCCUUGGCGCCGCUGACAAGUCUCUUCUGCACCGAUCUCAGUCUCGUGCCUUCAUGACCGAUGAUGGCAUGCCCAUGCCCACUGAGUUCUUCCUCUCCUCCGACCCCUCGGCCAUCGUCGAGCACACCAAGAAGGUUAUGUACCUUGAGGAUGACGAUAUUGCCCACAUCCAUGAGGGCUCCCUCAACAUUCACCGUCUCAAGAAGGCCGACGGUAGCUCCAACGUCCGAACCAUCCAGACCCUGGAGCUCGAGCUUCAGGAGAUCAUGAAGGGCAAGUUCGACCACUUCAUGCAGAAGGAGAUUUUCGAGCAGCCCGAGUCGGUGGUCAACACUAUGCGUGGUCGCCUCGACAUCGCCAACAAGACCGUCACCCUUGGUGGUCUUCGCUCUUACAUCUCCACCAUCCGCCGAUGCCGCCGCAUCAUUUUCAUUGCUUGCGGUACCAGCUACCACUCUUGCAUGGCUGUCCGUGGUAUCUUUGAGGAGCUUGCUGAGAUCCCCAUCGCCGUUGAGCUGGCUUCGGAUUUCCUUGAUCGACAGGCCCCUGUCUUCCGUGACGACACCUGCGUCUUCGUCUCCCAGUCUGGCGAGACUGCUGACUCCCUCAUGGCCCUCCGCUACUGCUUGGAGCGUGGUGCCCUGACCGUCGGUAUCGUCAACGUCGUCGGUUCCUCCAUCUCUCUCCUCACCCACUGCGGUGUCCACGUCAACGCCGGCCCUGAGAUCGGUGUCGCUUCCACCAAGGCCUACACAUCUCAGUUCAUCGCCAUGGUCAUGUUCGCUCUGUCUCUUAGUGAGGACCGUGCGUCCAAGAAGGCCCGUCGCGAGGAGAUCAUGGAGGGUCUCGCCAACGUCUCGGAUCAGAUCAAGUCGAUCCUCGAGCUUGACUCGUCCAUCAAGACUCUGUGCGAGAAGACCUUCAAGGACCAGAAGUCUCUUCUUCUUCUCGGCCGUGGCAGCCAGUUCUCCACUGCCCUUGAGGGUGCCCUGAAGAUCAAGGAAAUCUCAUACCUCCACUGCGAGGCCGUCAUGUCUGGUGAGCUGAAGCACGGUGUGCUGGCUCUCGUCGACGAGAACCUCCCCAUCAUCAUGAUCCUCACCCGCGACGACCUCUUCAAGAAGUCGCUCAACGCCUACCAGCAGGUCAUUGCUCGUGGUGGCAAGCCCAUUGUCAUCUGCAACCCCGACGACGAGGAGUUCAAGGCCUCUGAGGCUGAGAAGAUCGAGAUCCCCAAGACUGUUGACGUCCUCCAGGGUCUCCUCAACGUCAUCCCCCUGCAGCUCAUCGCCUACUGGCUGGCCGUGCUCGAGGGUCUCAACGUCGACUUCCCUCGCAACCUGGCCAAGUCAGUCACUGUCGAGUAAAGUGCUUGCCGUCAAUUGAUGAGUUUUGAUGGGUGGUAUAGAGCAGUGCCGCGCGCGGCUGCUUGGGCACCUAGUUCGUCGCGCUGGUGCGCACGAGGUUUAUGAUAACAUUUGGAGUUGGUUUCCGGACAAAACUGGGCUUGCGUUGACAUGGAUAAUCAAGUCUCUUUUUGCCAGCCUUGCUUGGUUGCAUGAGAUACAUGUUUGACACAAUGAAUGGAGAAAAUGGGAGGAAGGCCAGGGAUCCGGCUGGUCAUGUUAGAUGGGUAAAGACGACAGGCAGUCGACCUGGUUUACGAUAAGCUAGCUGUAGGCAACGUAAUCAUGAAGAUAUUGAGAAUGAAGAAAGAUUCAACAAG